AUGUUCUAUUCGACCUUGAGAUCGGUUAUAAGAAGCGAACUCGAAAACGAUCAGAUUCAGACUGAGAAGUUUACCGCAAUGAAACGAAUCCUGGAAUUGCUCGUCCUCGCGACGAUCCUGGCCGCAUGUUCGGCUGAGUGCCGACCGGGCUUGCACGGACGUCAGAAUUGUUACCAUUGCGAAGAUCUUACGAAUCUACAGAUACUCUCACAGUUACCCACGGGAGUAGUAGGCAUUGAUAUUAGAAAUUCGAACAUCACAAAGAUACCGACGGACGCAUUCUCGGUGCAUGGCGGUUCUCUGAAGGAACUCAACAUCACCGGAUCUUGCGUGGAGGAGAUCGAACCCAACGCGUUUCGAGGUCUCGGCAAAUUGCGCGUGCUGAGUCUGGUGGACAACAGAAUUCGUAAACUGGACUCAUUGUGGAUUCAGGAUUUGACGGCGCUCAAGGCGCUCAUCGUGUGGCGCAACCGAAUCGCCGAAGUCGACGCGCGAUUAUACGAUUUGCUGCCGAAUCUGGAGCUCUGGGACAUCGCGCACAACGAGAUGAACGCUUGUCUGCCCGCCGAGUCGCUGAAGAAGCUGACGAAACUGAGAAGAAUCUAUCUCGCUGGUAAUCCAUGGUCGUAUCGAUGCCGCCGCUCGAUGACGUGGUACCUGGGCAGCAGUCACAUCCGUUUCGUCCAGGACUGGGGUAGCAGCGAUCUGCUAAUCGAAGAAUGCCUCGCCCACGAGCCGAACGCCGACGUCGACGACGACGCUUUACACAAAUGCGUCGAUCGCAAGAUCGGCUCCAUCGAGACGCUGCAAACUGUCGCCAGACUGAGUGAACAGAUUCGAGAACUCUCAAGAAAAGUCACCGAAUUGGAAAUCGAAGUCGCCGCGUUGAAGAAAACCGGAUAUUAAUUCAUCAAAGCUUGCAAUCUUUUUAUCUGUUUAUGAGAGAAAUUGCGUUAUAUCAAUACACAAUGCAAUCUUGCAUUACGAUAAAUUUUGCCGUGGCAUAUAAUAUCAGCAUGUAAUAUUCGAUACUUUUUAAAUCGAAAUUAAAUAUCGUAGUGAUCGUUUCCCGACUGCGAUUGCGAUUGUGAGCUGAAGUAAAAUAACAGUUCAAAUUUACAAUGAAGCUUUGAUAAAUCGAUAAAACCCACUUGUUCCAAAUGCGAUGCGAGCGCGACUUUGAAAUUAUAUGACUUUUCAACAAGAUACAAACGCUAUAUGAUUGAAUGUAAAUUGUAGAAAAACUUUCGAAAUUGAAUAUCAAAUAAAAUGUUGAAAAUAAACGUUUCCAUUUCUAAAUUCUCGCGUGUAAGAGGCAAUCGGUGAUGCGCUCGAAACGAUUGAUACAUUACACAGCGAUGCACUCUGUAAUAAGAAUAUCUAUACUUUGAUAUUCAGUCGCAUCGCAUUUCCGUAUCAUUUAUAUAAACGUAUGUCGAAUGUCGAAUAAGUUUUUUUUUAAAGGGUAAAGAUUUUUCUUCGCACAAUAUAUAUAUUUUUUUAUAUCUGACUGCAGCUACCCGAGAGCAUAGUUCUUCACAAUCUUAGUAAUAAAUCUUGCAUGUGUCUAUAAA